AUGCCCCUCCCCUCGCUCCCCAUCUUCUUGGCAGCGCAACAGCAUGCGCAAAGCGACCCAAGCAAGCAUGCGGUUGUUGAUGCAACCAAACAGCAAUCCUUUACAUACACACAACUUCUAGAAGAUGCAGCAGGCUUGCGCAAACAGAUUCUCGAGACAUUAGCCCUUUCGGCGCCAGAAGACUUGGACGAGCGUCGCAUCGCAUUUUUGAUACCGAAUGGUUACGACUACGUGGUGACUCAGUGGGCUAUUUGGGCAGCUGGUGGGAUUGCUGUGCCUCUUUGCACCAGUCACCCUGUCAAGGAGCUUCUAUAUACCGUGGGCGAUGCAGACCCAUCGCUGAUCAUUCUACACCCUGCUUUUGAGAAAUUAGGGCCUGCCCUCCGCGACGGGUGUACUACUGACAUCCAAUUCAUGGGCUUAAAUCCAUUCUCCAGCAACCCUGCACCCUCUUUGCCCUCAUUUACUCCCGCAUUUCCUCUCAGUCGCCGGGCUCUCAUGAUCUAUACCUCGGGAACAACUGGUAAUCCGAAGGGCGGCGUGAGCACUCACGAGAUAGUCACGUUCCAAGCGAGCUGUCUGGUGAAAGCGUGGGAAUACAGCCCUUCAGACCGAUUAAUACACGUCCUCCCGCUCCAUCAUAUUCAUGGAAUCAUCAACGGGCUUGCCGCGAGCUUCCUGAGUGGGGCAACAGUGGAAAUGCACGCUAAAUUUGACCCGAAGAUUAUUUGGGGCCGCUGGCAGGACUGCGGCUCAUCGACUCUCUUCAUGGCUGUGCCAACCAUCUACUCCCGUCUGAAUGACUACUUUGAGACCCAUAUUCGCGGCACUGACCAAGAACAAGCAGCCCGCGAGGGUGCGAAGGCCCUACGCUUGGUAGUGAGUGGAUCUGCUGCACUUCCAACUCCUGUUAAGGCAAAAUUCGCCGAAAUCACGGGCCAGGUCUUGCUGGAGCGCUACGGUAUGACUGAGAUUGGAAUGGCUCUAAGCUGUGGUCUUGAAGUGGAAAAGCGGGUGGAUGGUAGUGUGGGUUGGCCGUUACCUGGCGUCCAGGUUCGUUUGACAGAGAAAGAGACGGGCCGGAUUAUCGAGGAGACCGAUCAGGACGGCAUGAUUGAGAUUAAAGGUGGCAAUGUCUUUCUUGAAUACUGGCGGAAGCCAGAGGCGACGGCUGCAGAGUUUACUGCUGAUGGCUGGUUCAAGACUGGCGAUGUCGCGAAGCGUGACUCCACUGGUGCAUAUUUCAUCCAGGGUCGUGCAUCGGUAGACUUGAUCAAAUCCGGUGGUUAUAAAAUCUCUGCGCUAGAAGUGGAGCGCAAGAUGCUGGAGCUAAAGGCAAUCCAAGAGGUUGCGGUUGUUGGACUGAAGAGUGAAGAAUGGGGCCAACAAGUGGCUGCCGUAGUCAAGUACCGCGAAGGCCAUGAUCCCCUGGAUCUACCGGCUCUUCGUGCUGUGCUGAAGACCGAAAUGGCGCCUUACAAAGUCCCAACUGUAUUGAAGGUUGUGGACGGCAUUGAGCGCAACGCAAUGGGCAAAGUCAACAAGAAAGUGAUCAUUCAGAAGUAUUGGCCGGAUAGAGUAUAA